AUUUUCUCUGCAAAGUGCUCUUCGUUCUGCUUCCCUUCAAUCAUUUUCUAGGGUUUUCUUUGUAUAUCAACUCUUGAAAAUUCGUGGACUUCAAAAUCUGGGCAAUAGAAUUGGUUUAAUCAUCCAUGGAUUCUCGAGAUUCUUCAUCAUCUGUAUCUUCCGACGCCGCUAGGGACGACGACGCUAUUGUUCUCUCAAUCACAUCUGCACUCGCUAAAGACGCUCUCUCCUAUUUCCAAUCUUGCAAGUUCCCCGAGUGUCUCGACAUUCUGAUUCAGCUCAAGCAGAAGAAACAUAACGAUCCCAAGGUUCUUCACAAUAUUGCAAUUGCAGAGUACUUCAGGGAUGGUUGCUCCAGUUCCAAGAAACUACUCGAAGAGCUUAACAGUGUCAAGAAUCAGAGUGAAGAACUUGCUUCUACAGCCAAAGAACAAGUGGAAGCUGUAAACCCUGGAACUAAUGUCUGUGUGUCAAAGGAUCAAUUUGAUAGUACAGUGACAAUCCUCAACAUUGCAGUAAUCUGGUUUCAUCUACAUCAGUAUACAAAAUCUUUAUCCAUUCUAGAACCUUUGUUUCAAAAUAUUGAGCCGCUAGACGAGACAAUUGCACUUCAAAUCUGCUUCUUGUUGCUGGAUAGUGCGCUGGCUUGUCGCGAUGCUGUGAAAUUUUUGGCUGUGUUUGAGCAUAUGGUCAAAACUUUUGGUGUUGGUUUUGGAAGUCAUGAAGAAAUUGGAAGCACGAUGCAACUUUCUUCAAAUCAGGUAUCCAGAACAUCUUCUUUCCUGAGCAGCUCGGUGGCCUCAGAUGCUCUGAAGUCUGACUUGACAGCCGCUGAUAGUAGUUUGUGUGAAGAAACUCUAGACUAUGACAAUGUUCUCGCGGAAAUUGAAGCCGAGAAACGAAUGAAGCCAGUUGGCCAUAUUCCGUCCAACAAUAUUCUCAAGACAUUAGGUGAAAGGUCGAUCUUGACUGUGGAUCUGAAGCUCGAAUUGCAGCUUUACAAGGUUCGGUUCUUGCUUCUUACCAGAAACUUGAAACUGGCGAAGCGUGAAGUCAAACACGCAAUGAACAUUGCUCAAAAACGGGACUCCUCCAUGGCUCUGCUCUUGAAAUCUCAACUAGAGUAUGCACAUGGGAAUCAUCGAAAGGCUAUAAAGCUUUUGAUGGUCUCCGGUAUUCAAAAAGAAGCAAGGACUUCAGGAAUCUUCAACAACAACCUUGGUUGCAUAUACUAUCAGCUUGGAAAAUAUCAAACUGCCUCCGUGUUAUUUUCAAAAGCGCUAAGGAACUGUUCAUCACUUAGAAAGGAGAAUCCAGUGAAGUUGAUAUCUCUCUCACAGGAUAAGUCUUUGUUGAUCACAUACAACUGCGGUUUGCUUUAUUUGGCUUGUGGGAAGCCUCUACUUGCUGCUCAAUGCUUCCAGAAGGCAAGCCUAGUUUUCAGCAGGCAACCGCUCAUUUGGCUCCGUAUAGCCGAAUGCUGUAUAAUGGCUUUACAAAAGGGUCUUUUGGAAGAGGGGAACACUUCUUUGGAUAGAUCGGAAAUUAGAGUCCAUGUAAUUGGGAAAGGUAAGUGGAGACAACUUUUGAUGGAAGAAAACGGAUCUGUCGAACUUGCUGGUAGUACCCAAUGGCCAAAGCUUUCAUUACCACUAGCACGGGUCUGUCUCUCGAAUGGUGUUUACUUGCUCAAUGGGUCUAUCUUGAACGACUCUAAAUCAGAUAUUGAAUCUUCAUUAUCCCUGAAGACAAAUGAGACCACAGAAGCAUCAUCGCCUGAUCAUGGGGAAGCUAAUACGAACUCAGACUUGAAAGGAGGAAUGAAUCAGGACAUGAUUCAAAACUCACUCUCCGCUUUGGAAGACAUCCGUAGUAGAGAAAAUCAGUUGAUCAAACAGGCUCUUCUCGCUAAUAUGGCAUACGUAGAGUUGGAACUGGAAAAUCCUAUCAAAGCCUUGUCAUCUGCCAAUUCACUCUUGCAGCUUCCAGAUUGUUCAAAGAUUUAUAUUUUCUUAGGCCAUAUCUAUGCAGCGGAGGCUCUCUGCUUGCUCAACAGACCCGUUGAAGCUGGCGCCCAUUUAUCCGCCUAUCUACUUGGACAGGAUGAUUUUAAACUGCCAUUUGCGCAAGAAGACUUUGACCAGUGGCGGAUGCACGUAAGUUUCGAUUGUGAAGAGACAGCUGAUGCUUCCACAGGAAAUGCCCGGGAUUCAGUUUGCCUUAAGCCAGAAGAAGCUCGUGGAGUACUUUUUGCAAACCUUGCCGCGCUGCUUGCCACACAGGGACAUUAUGACCAGGCUAAACCUUUGAUUAUGCACGCGCUAACUGUCUUACCGAAUAAUGUACAAGCUACGGUUACAGCGGUCUACAUCGAUCUCAUGUUGGGUAGGUCACAAGACGCACUUGCUCGGUUAAAACAGUGUACCCGUGUGAGCUUUGUUCCUAGCAGAUUGGAAGUGAGAGCCUCGUAGAUGGUUUGUACUCUGCUUUUGAAAAUUAAGUUUUAGAAAUUAGUAGUCCUUCUAUAAAUAUCAGAGAAAUAAGUUUUUGUUCUUUUCUUGUAUUGGUGCUGUGAGAUGAUGUUUGCAUUCUUGAUUUAGAUUUGGGUUGUCGAGGGUUAAUUGAUUUCUUGUUUUUGAACAAUAUAGACUGGGAGAGCCAAACACAGGUAUUUGUAAUUUAUUUAUAUUUGUUUCAGAGCGGACUCUUAGUGGGGGUCAUUUGCAUUUUUA